AUGCUCGCCAUGUUCGCCAUGCUUGCCAUGCUUGCCAUGCUCGCCAUGCUCGCCCUCCUUGCCAUGGGAUCCAUGCUGGCCAUGCUGGCCAUGAUCGCUCUGGUGGCCAUGAUCGCCAUACUCGUGCUGCUCGCCAUGCCCGUGCUGCUCGCCAAGCUCGUCCUGCUCGCCAUGCUUGCCAUGCUUGCCAUGCUCGCCAUGCUUGCCCUGCUGGCCAUGCUCGACCUCCUCGCCCUGCUGGCCAUGAUCGCGCUGCUCGCGCUGCUAGCCAUGCUCGCGCUGCUCGUCCUGCUGGCCGUGCUCGUCCUGCUGGCCUUGCUCGCGCUGCUGGCCGUGCUCGUCCUGCUGGCCGUGCUCGUCCUGCUGGCCUUGCUCGCGCUGCUCGCCGUGCUUGCCAUGCUCGCCAUUCUGCCUUCACAAAGAUUGGAUAUAUGGAAUUGA